UUCAGUUAUCAGUUAAUCCCAUUGUCAACAUCAAACAACCCCCUUUCUCUCUUUAAUGGAGGUUAUAUGAAAGUUAGAGACGACUUUUACAGGCAAAGCACAGCCUGUGUUUGAGACUGGCUGCACCGGUUGGGCGGUGUUUAUCCUCUCGGGACAAUCGCGACAUCCCGGUGAGCAAAGCGGGUAAACUAAAUUUCUCUAUCCGUCGUGUUUUGAUGGCGUAGAAGAAGAGCGACGCACACACGCGCCACUCCUGUUGGUUUCUACCUUCUACAUUAUGGCAACAGUACAAGUUAGCGAGGCUGAGAAAGUGUAUAUUUUACACGGUAUACGGGAUGAUUUGCGAGUGGACGGAAGAGGCUGUGAGGACUACAGACACAUGGAAAUAGAGACGGAUGUGGUGUCCAACACAGACGGUUCAGCCAAAGUCACACUGGGACACACAGCAGUUCUAGUUGGGAUUAAAGCUGACCUUGGAAAACCAAAGCCCAUGUUGCCAAAAGAGGGCUAUUUGGAGUUCUUCGUUGAUUGUUCUGCCAAUGCGACCCCUGAAUUUGAGGGACGAGGAGGCGAGGAGCUGGGGACGGAGCUGAGUAACACUCUCUAUAAAGUCUUUAACAACAAACACAGUGUGGACUUGAAGAGCCUCUGUAUAAGUCCUGGAGAACACUGCUGGGUGCUCUAUGUGGAUGUGCUGCUUCUACAAUGUGAUGGAAACUUGUACGAUGCCAUUUCAAUAGCUAUCAAGGCAGCUCUCUUCAGCACUAAAAUUCCUAAAGUGCAUAUAUCAGCUGACGACGAAGGGGGGAAAGAAAUUGAGCUGUCAGAUGACCCUUAUGACUGUAUGAGACUCAAUGUAGAAAACGUUCCCUGUAUAGUGACGUUGUGCAAGGUGGGCCACAGGCAUGUGGUGGACGCGACUCUGCAGGAGAAGGCGUGCUCUGUGGCGAGCCUGAUUAUCUCUGUCACACACAAGGGCACGGUUACCUGCAUGAGGAAGGUGGGUGGAGGCAGCCUGGACCCAGAGAGCAUCUUUGAAAUGACGGAGGCAGGUAAACGUGUUGGGAAAGCCCUUCAUGCGCCGCUCAUGAAGCUGUUGCAGCAGGAGGAAAGUUUGGGAACAAAACGACAGAAAGUGGGCUUCCUUGGUUAGGAUCAAGUACUGUAUCUACAGUAUGUGUGUACAUGUAAACAUAAUUUUCUAAUAAAACUUUUAAUUUGUACAA